AUGUCUAAUGCUCGAGAUCGUCAUAGUAUGAAAUCAAAUAGUUCUCAACACCAGGAUCGCUGGAAUGGAUAUCAUCAUACAACUUCUUCUAAUAGAUAUAGUGAAAACCAAAAUCAUUAUUCCAGUAAUAAGCGUCAUUACAAUGGUAAACAUGAGUCUACGACAAGAUUGGAUAGUCCGCCAAAUAAACGACUACGUUUGCCGCCUGUUUCAUAUCCUACACUUACUAAAUUAAUUGAUAAAACACCAGAUGAAAUUCUUGCGGAAAUGCUUCAGCCAAAUUUUCAAUUAAACAAAUUUUUAAAUGAUAAACGUAUGAAAGAAAGAUUCGAUUGGAUGAAUCAUAUGACAAUAUUACUUGAAAAAAUUACACAAUGUAUCGGAUUACGUGAAUAUAUUAUAAUGAUCUAUGGACAAUUACCUGACACACUUUAUCUCGAAGGUGUUUACGAUGAAAUUCGAAAAUCUGAUCCUGAUACAAAUCAAUUACGUUUUAAAUUUAUUGAAUUAUUUCUUAAAAUAUCCAAUAAAUUUCUUGCUAUGAUACCUCAUUCAGCUCAUAGUUUAACAAAAAUCGUUGAACGUAUUGAAUUACAAUUGACUAAGAAUCAAUCAGAGUCACCCGAAUUUGAAGGUGCAAAAGAAAUACUCGAUGAAGUACUUGAACGUGUAAAAGAAAUUGAAAAACGACAAGAAUUAUUAAACCCAAAAGCUUCUAAAAAGAUUACUACUAUUCAAAAUAAUAUUGGUCAACCACCCAAUGAUUUUCGUCUAUUAUCCAUUGUUCCCGAUAUAAUGGAAAUUUUAUCUGAUGAACGACCCUAUCUUCGAAAAAAUAUUGUUAAUGGUAUUUAUGAAAAUGCAAAACAAUACCUUGAUAUUCAUUUCCGUCUUUUACGUGAAGAUUUUAUUGGACCAUUACGUAUUGGUAUUGAACAACAUUUAUCCAAAGUCAAAGGAAAAAAUUUCAAUGUACGAAUUUAUGAAAAUGUUCAAUCACUUGGUCCACGAUUAACUCCACGAAAUGGACUUGUUUAUGAUUUAGUUUUGGAUGCAAGAGUCGCACGGAAAAUUUUCUGGGCUAAUAGUCGACGUUUAAUGUAUGGCAAUUUAUUACUUGUUACAUUUGAUAAUUUUCGAUCAUGUACAUUUGCCACAGUUGAAGAUCGUUCACAAAUUGAAAAACGUUUUAUUAUAUCGGUUAAAACGUUAGAAAACUUUAAUAAUGAUCAAGGAACUGAAGUUGAUCUUAAUAAAAUUGAUUCUUCAUGUUCUUUAACAAUGAUCGAAACAACGACAUAUUUUGCAGCAUAUCGUCCAGUUUUAAGUGCAUUACAAAUGAUGCCUACUGAUGACAGAUUUCCACUUGGUCCAUUUCUUCUUAAAUUAACCAAUGAAAGGAUACCACCAGAUUAUCUUACAACAACGACAACAUAUGAUUUUACACCACUUCUUGUUGAUCCAAAUUCAAAUGUUCAAACAAAUGUAAUUAUUCGUCAAACAUUACCACGUCUCCGAACGUUGAUUAAACCGACAACUAUAGGAGAAUUGCGAAUCAGUUAUAAACAUUCAAAUCAAAUUGAAGAAAAAUUUAAAAAAGUUCCCGUACUUAAUAUAGAUGAAUGGCCAACAAGCGAACAGUUACAUCUUAAUCCAAAACAACAUGAAGCUUUAAUUUUAGCUUUAACAAAUAAAGUUGCACUUAUACAAGGGCCACCGGGAACUGGAAAGACUUUUCUUGGUGUACGUAUAACAGAAAUGCUUUUACAUAAUCGAUCAGUUUGGUGUCCAUCGGAGGAACAAUCAACACCAAUUCUUAUGAUUUGCCAUACAAAUCAUGCACUUGAUCAGUUUUUAGAAUUAAUUGUAAAACGUUUAAAUAUAAAUGAAGGUAUUAUUCGUGUCGGAAAUCAAUGCCAAAAUUCAAAUAUUCAACGUUUUUCAUUAUAUAAUGCACGACAACGUGCUCGAGAAAAUCGUUCUAUACCUCAGAACAUCUUUAACAGAAGACGAGAAUUAUUAGCGGAGAAAAUGAAGGCUGAAGGAGAUUUAAAAUUACAUCGAUAUAAGAUGGAAAUGUCGCAAACAAAUAUACUACCUCUUUCAUCAUUUACUGACUAUGCUAUUAUUGAUAGUAAACAUCUUCAGUCACUAUUAGCUCCCUAUAAUUAUAAUAUAGUCGAAAAAGUAUUAUUCGAAUGGUUUGAUCUUGAUAGUGGAUUUGAGCAAAUAUCUGAUCAUUUAGUUUAUGAAGAUAAUGCAGAAAGAGAUGUUUCACCAAUGGAAAUAACUUAUAAUACAGAAGAUGAAUUAGAUGAAGAACAAGAAGAAGAGCAACAACGUAGACGAGAUGAAUUUGACAUAGAAGAAUAUGAACAUUUUUCCUCUUCCGCUGUUCGAAAACCUGAAAAAUUUAUAGUAAAUCCCAUAAAAGAUAAAGAUGAUCGUGAAAGAGAAUCUGAAACUGGACGAAGAAAGCGAAAUGAUAAUGAUCGAUCAAUUCAAUUUAUCAUCCAAUAUCCUACAACUCUUAAUGAUGAAACAAUUCAAGAAAUAGGUGAUGAUGUUUGGAAACUUUCUAUGGUUCAGCGUUAUGAUUUAUAUGGAUAUUGGCUUUUAAAAUAUCGACAAUAUCUACAUGAUUCUAUUAGUGAUAGUAGUCGAGUAUAUAAUCAAGCUGUAUCGGCUCUUGCUGAACAUAAUCAAGAACAAGAUUAUCAUAUUUUAAAAGAUAGCAUUAUCGUUGCUAUGACAACAACAGGUGCUGCCAAUCAUCAUAGAAUUUUAGAAAAACUUCAAAGUAAAAUUGUUAUUGUUGAAGAAGCAGCUGCAAUAUUUGAAGCACAUAUAAUAACUGCAUUAAGUACAAAAUGUGAACAUUUAAUAUUAAUUGGUGAUCAUGUACAAUUAAAACCUAAUCCAAAUGUAUAUCGUCUUGGAGUAAAAUAUAAUAUGGAUGUAUCAUUAUUUGAACGUCUUAUUAACAAUAAUUUUCCAAAUGUUCGAUUAAAUAUUCAGCAUCGUAUGCGACCAGAAAUUGCUCGUCUAAUGAAACAUUUUUAUGAUGAUUUAGAGGAUCAUAUAAGUGUUACAACCGAUCGAGCUCCCAUACGUGGUAUUGAUAGUAAUGUAUUUUUUAUCAAGCAUGAUUAUAUUGAAACAAAUGUUCCUGAUGGAAGUUCAAAACAAAAUGAUUUUGAAGGUAAUUAUGUCAUUAAAUUAGCACAAUAUUUGAUUAAACAAGGUUAUGAAUCCAAAAAAAUAACUAUACUUGUUAUGUAUCUUGGUCAAAGACAAUUUAUUGCUAAACAAGUCAAACAAAUCAAUCUUUUACGUGGUAUUCGAAUUAUGGUAACAGAUAAUUAUCAAGGUGAAGAGAAUGAUAUAAUUAUAUUAUCAUUAGUUCGGAGUAAUCCCGAGAAAGAUAUUGGUUUUCUUAAGACGCAUAAUAGAAUAUGUGUAGCUCUAUCACGUGCACGUUGUGGACUUUUCGUUAUUGGAAAUAUGGAUUUAUUAGCAGAAGUUAAUGAUAAAUGGAAAAAUAUUAUUUCAUCUUUAUUGGAAACAAAUAGUAUUGGGAAAGGUUUAUCUCUUUCUUGUCGGCAACAUUCAAAAGAUAAAUUUAUAGCUGAUAAACCCGAAUCUUUUGCACAACGUCCAGAAGGUGGUUGUCGUCAAACAUGUAAUGGUCGACUUAAAUGUGGUCAUCAUUGUGAAUUAAUAUGUCAUAAUUAUGAUUAUGAACAUAAUGAUGUAAUUUGUUAUAAAAAAUGUUCUGAACGAUUAUCAUGUGGUCAUUUAUGUCGAAAACAAUGUCAUAAUAAAACACCAAAUCAACACGAUCUAUGCUAUGCUCUUGUUGAUAAAAUAAUUCCGGAAUGUGGUCAUAUAAUUCGUAUCGCAUGUUAUGAGGUGCCGAAUGUCAACAAUUGUAAGAAAUCAUCGUCAAAACAAUUGGCUUGUGGUCACAAUAUUAAUGUUCCAUGUCGCAUUAUUUCAUCAUCAGAUCAAUUAAAGGGUUAUUUUUGUUCAGAACCAUGUAAUAAAAUACUUUCAUGUGAGCAUAAAUGCAUCGGAAAAUGUGGAGAUUGCCAUGCAGGACGAUUACAUAUUGCAUGUGGACAAAAAUGUGAACGCGAAUUAAUAUGUUCACAUGUAUGUAAAGAACCUUGUGCAGCUAAUUGUCCACCAUGUGUACGUGAAUGUCAAACACGUUGUAUACAUUCGAAAUGUAAUAAGAAAUGCGGAGAAUUAUGUAUACGAUGCAAAGAGGCAUGCGCUUAUAAAUGUAAACAUCUUGAAUGUACUCGUUUAUGUUCCGAACCAUGUGAUCGUGAUUCAUGUAAUGAACCUUGUAAUAAGAAAUUAAAAUGUGGUCAUACUUGUAUUGGUAUGUGUGGUGAACCAUGUCCUCGAGAAUGUCGCAAAUGUAAUAAAAGUAUUGUACAAGAGAUAUUCUUUGGUGAUGAAGCUGAACCUGAUGCACGUUUUGUUUUCUUACCUGAUUGUAGACAUAUAAUUGAAGUAACUGCACUUGAUAAAUUCGUCAAAGAUUUUGUCAAUGAUUCGAAUGAUAAAACAGCUAUUCGUUUUCCUGAAUGUCCACGCUGUAAACAAAAAAUUCAUCGUUGCACACGAUAUAUGCCAAUUAUAAAUCGAGUAGAUAAUUUAAUAUCCCAGGUGAAAAAGAAAAUCUUAGGGGAUACAUCUGAAGAAGAAAUCAAUCACCGACGAAAACAAUUAAUAACAGAAUAUGAAAAGAUAAAAACUAAUCUAAAGGAAAUUAUUCUUAAUCAAUCCAAUAGUGACUUUUUUUCUAUAUUAUAUGAUAAAAAUUAUUUCUUUUGUGAUGAUAAAUUGAAUUUAAUGACAAAUGUUAUUGAAUUUCUGAAUGAAAUUGAUACAAUUUUAAUUGAUGGACGUAAAAAAAUACAAGGAAAUAUAUUUGAAGAUCAAAUUAAUUUUCCAUUACGUCAUAUUGUGAAAUAUUUAUUCACACAACGGCUUGGUAGAAAUUUUGCUGAACAACAAUUAAAAGAUAUUCAAUUCGAAUUAAAACGUAUUCGUCGACUAAUUUAUAUUGAAACUCUUGUUUUAUCAUUAAAAAAAACUUUACAAACAAAUGAAAAGGACGGUAUUGAUUCUAUGCAAUACUUAACAAAAAAAACUGGUCCAUUUACUGAUGAAGAUCAAAAACAAUUUGAUGAUUUAGUUAAAAAAUUUGAAUAUUUAAAUAAUUUACCUGGUUUAGGAAUAAAUGAAAAUGAACGAAUAGCUAUUGUUAGUGCAUUAAAAAUGUCAAAAGGUCAUUGGUAUCUUUGUCCAAAUGGUCAUCCUUAUGUUAUUACUGAAUGUGGCGGUGCUAAUCAAGAAAGUCAAUGUCCUGACUGUGGAGAACGAAUUGGUGGACAAAAUCAUCGUUUAUUAGAUACAAAUAGUCAUUUUGCUUUAAUGGAUGGUUCAAAACAUGCAGCCUGGUCAAAUGAAGCAAACUUAAAUUGA